GUGCGGGCGCCGAGAAUGGGAGUGUUGGGCAGGUAGAAAUAAUCCAAUUUAAAAAGCUGUUGGCUAAUCCCGAAAAUGUUCGAAUUUGUCAACUAAGUAGCUGUGUGUGUUUCAGCUGGGAUCAAUGAAUGAAUCCGAUGGCUUUGGCUUUCAUUGAUCUGCAGUUGUGGCCCAGCGACGAUUACAAGGGCGGCCGGGCAAAUCGAAUUUAAUCUAUGGCGCAGGAUAUAAAGUCGUAAUCCCGCAGCUUGCGCACAUUCCCUCUCGAUUCCCGGUACGAAUGUCCCUGGAAUAAAUAGACCAUGCCAGAUGAGACCACCGCACAGUCAAUUGAGAACAUUUACAGCGGACACAUCUCAUCGGAAGAGCAUUAUUCAUUUGAAACAUGUCCAUGGAUACAGCGCCUGUGUUCCAGUCCAGCUUCUCCAUACGCUCGCUGCUCUCCAGCACGCAGCUGGAGGAGGAGUCGGGUCAGCAGAUCGAUGUUGAGGUCGAGGCACAAGCCAAAGUAGAGCCACACAAAUAUUAUACUAGCUCCAGUCCAAGCGAUUCCUGCAACAGCUCCGAGGAUGCGUCCUCUGAAGAUGGCAACACCCAUUCCCCCACAGCAAGCUCCAGCAGCAGCAGCAGCAGCAACAGUAAUAGCAUAUCGGAUGUGAAGCCCGCCUUUACGUAUAGCGCGUUGAUUGUGAUGGCCAUAAGGCGGAGUCCGGAGAAGCGAUUGACACUGAGCGGCAUCUGCAAGUGGAUAGCCGAUAAUUUUCCCUACUAUCAGAAUCACAAGAGUGUCUGGCAGAACUCCAUACGCCACAAUCUGAGCCUCAAUCCGUGCUUUGUACGUGUGCCGCGCGCCCUCGACGAUCCGGGACGUGGCCAUUACUGGGCCCUGGAUCCGUAUGCCGAGGAUCUGACCAUUGGCGAGACAACGGGCCGUUUGCGUCGCAGCAACAACUCGCUGCUGGGCCGCAGCAAGGCAACGGCUCAUGGCAAGAGUCAUGCCUAUGCGCAUCCUUAUCAGCAGCUGACCGGCAAUCCAGCUGCGGCGGCAGCGCUCUACGCUCAGCUCUUCAAGCCGCACGCUGCCUACUUUCCCAUCGUGCCAGAGCCAGCACAGCCCCAGCAUCCAAUCAUGAUGCAGAGCGGCCAGCAUGCGAUUGGAGCUGGCAUGGGCGUAGGCAUGGGCAUGAGCAUGGGCAUGGGCAUGGGCAUGGGUAUGGGCAUGGGCAUGGGCACAUUGGCUAUGACAACGGCCGCAGCACAACGAUACCAGCAACAGCAUCAGCAACAGCAUCAGACACAGCAUCAGAGUAACUUAUCAGCGCCUUACCAUCAGACACACACUGAAGCUCAGUCACAGCCUCAGUCUCAGCAACACCAACAACAACAACACCAUGGCAAUGCCAACGCCAACGCCGACUCCAGCUUCAACUCCAGCUCCAACUCCGACGCCGACUCCAAGUGCGACUCCAACUCCAAUGGCAUUGCCAUCAAAUGGUUGCAGGUUGCACUUGACUCGCGCCGCAUGCAGCAUCAAGGAGCCAUGCGGCAUCCCUUGGCCCAAUGA